CAGCUGGCCACCGGGCAAUGGUGGGAGUCUGCAUGUGACAAACUGCUGCUUCAUUCCAAUGCCCUGGAGUUCCCCCACAGACCCCACCCCCACCUCCAGUACAGAGUCACCACCCAACGUCUUUCCUUUUAGAGGUGGAGGAGUCCCUGCUGACCUGAAAGGGGGUGUGUGUGACAUGAUGGAGGCCAGCAUGCGGUGGAGAAAGCUCGACCCUGAGCGCUCCACAGUUAGCACGGGAUUCAGACAGGACCUCAGGGCAGUGCUGCUGGUUCCGCGGCUUGGAUCGAUGGAGCCGCCUCCCCCUCCCCCUCAGCUUCCUCUCCCUGCUGCUCAUUAGCGCCCCGAUUAAUCAGCCCCCCUCGCCUCCCAGGACAAGUGCUUCCUCUCCCCCAUGAGAACUCACACUUUUAAACACCCCCCUGGGGGACACAAGUAGACCAUUCUUGGUACCCCCAAGGGGGAGGUACCCACAUACCCCCUCCCGGUGAGCCAAGAGGGGCUUCCACCUCCUCUCGUGAGGGUAACCCAUGUGUCUGAUUUCCCCUCCAAGAGAGCAGCCUACAGGGCAACCCUGCCUAGCUCGGCCAGAGGACAGGACAUUCUGGGCACUGAUUUCCUUAGCAUAGCAUUUCCAUGGAAGCCCCCACCACCACCACCACACACACACACACACACACACACACACACACACACGCUAGCUCUAAUACCUCCCCCUGGGCGCACCAUUUCCUUCUCCCCUGCCCCUGAGCUCUUUGCUCCCUGGCCAGGCUCAGCUCCCCUCCUCUUCCCCAAGCCUGGUGAUAACAAGGGCUUUGGAGACUAAAGGACUAGUAAAGUGGUUACAGACCAGCAAGCCAGCCGGGGUGGCCUCUGCUUCAGUGUAGGAAGGACUGGACCUGGGAUUGGGGCAAAGUCAGAAAAAAAGGGACCAGCAUUCCUCCUGGAGGGGACAGGGGUGUGGUAGAUGUUGAAACCAGUAGCAAGGCUCUAGGGAAGGGGAGUCUGAGUGAAGAAGCCACAGUUGUCUUCAUCUCUCUUGCCUGCCCUCCCCUUUCUUCCCUCCCUCAUUCAAACAAGUGGCUCUCACAAGGAGUUGCUUGAAGCUGCUUUGAGUGGCCCAGUGAGAUCCGCUGAAGGCUGGAGUCAGGAGUCAAGGGACACACGCAGGGGCUGACAGCUGUGCGGGUGCUGAUAAGGGAAGCCACAAGGAGACGAUCGAGGAGAGAGACAAGCGGCAGCAGAAACAGCAGCGGCAGAGGCAGCAGCGCCGGGGCUGCGGAGCUUCUGGGAGUGGGAGUGACGCCCCCACCUCGGGCCCCCACCCUGUCCCUAUCCUCCUCCUGGUUGCCCUGAGUUUAGAAGAGCAGCCGCUGCCGCCGCCACCACUCCGAAGGGGCACCAGGGCUGCUGUCCAGGGAGGGACAGUAGCAGUGAGGCUCUGGCCAGUCCCAGCAGCCGGGGACAGAUGCCGAUCGAGAUUGUGUGCAAAAUCAAAUUUGCUGAGGAGGAUGCAAAACCCAAGGAGAAGGAGGCAGGGGAUGAGCAGAGCCUCCUGGGGGCUGCUCAGGGGCCAGCAGCCCCUCGGGACCUGGCCACCUUUGCCAGCACCAGUACUCUGCAUGGGCUGGGCCGGGCCUGUGGCCCUGGCCCCCAUGGACUGCGCAGAACCCUGUGGGCACUGGCCCUACUCACCUCCCUGGCUGCCUUCCUGUACCAGGCAGCCAGCCUGGCCAGGGGCUACCUGACCCGGCCUCACCUGGUAGCUAUGGACCCUGCUGCCCCAGCCCCAGUGGCGGGCUUUCCGGCUGUCACCCUCUGCAACAUCAACCGCUUCCGGCACUCGGCACUCAGCGACGCUGAUAUCUUCCACCUGGCCAAUCUGACAGGCCUGCCCCCCAAAGACCGGGAUGGGCACCGUGCAGCCGGCCUUCGCUACCCUGAGCCUGACAUGGUAGACAUCCUCAACCGCACUGGCCACCAGCUUGCCGACAUGCUCAAAAGCUGCAACUUCAGUGGGCACCGCUGCUCCGCCAGCAACUUCUCUGUGGUCUAUACUCGCUAUGGGAAGUGUUACACCUUUAAUGCGGAUCCCCAGAGUUCACUGCCCAGUAGGGCAGGCGGCAUGGGUAGUGGCCUGGAGAUCAUGCUAGACAUCCAGCAGGAGGAAUAUCUGCCCAUAUGGAGAGAGACAAAUGAGACAUCCUUCGAGGCAGGGAUCCGGGUGCAGAUCCACAGCCAGGAGGAGCCUCCCUACAUCCACCAGCUGGGGUUCGGCGUGUCCCCGGGCUUCCAGACUUUUGUGUCCUGCCAGGAACAGCGGCUAACUUAUCUGCCCCAGCCUUGGGGCAACUGCCGGGCGGAAAGCCAGCUCAGAGAGCCUGAGCUUCAAGGCUACUCAGCCUAUAGUGUGUCUGCCUGCCGACUGCGCUGUGAGAAGGAGGCCGUGCUUCAGCGCUGCCACUGCCGGAUGGUGCACAUGCCAGGCAACGAGACCAUCUGCCCACCAAAUACCUACAUUGAAUGUGCCGACCACACCCUGGACUCCCUGGGUGGGGGCUCUGAGGGUCCAUGCUUCUGCCCCACACCCUGCAACCUGACACGUUAUGGCAAAGAGAUCUCCAUGGUGAAGAUCCCCAACAGGGGCUCAGCCAGGUACCUGGCGAGGAAGUACAACCGCAAUGAGACCUACAUAAGAGAGAACUUCUUGGUCCUGGAUGUCUUUUUCGAGGCCCUAACUUCUGAAGCCAUGGAACAGCGAGCCGCCUAUGGCCUGUCAGCCCUGCUGGGGGACCUUGGGGGACAGAUGGGCCUAUUCAUUGGGGCUAGCAUCCUCACCUUGCUGGAGAUCCUUGACUAUAUCUAUGAGGUCUCCUGGGAUCGGCUCAAGAGGGUGUGGCGACGGCCCAAAACCCCACUGCGGACAUCCACCGGAGGCAUCUCCACUUUGGGGCUGCAGGAGCUGAAGGAACAGAGUCCUUGUCUAAGCCGGGGCCGUGCAGAGGGUGGGGGUGCUAGUAGCCUGCUUCCCAACCAUCACCACCCCCACGGCCCUCCAGGAAGCCUCUUUGAAGACUUUGCUUGCUAGGAUGGUGCUGUGUGGGGAAAGUAACCAUGAAACUGGGACUCUACGCAGACCCCACACAUCUCCUAUUCCUGGGACAGGUCGGGCAGCCCAGGGCUAAGGGAAGGGGCGGUGCUCAUCGAGAGGCCAGGACUAGGGUCCUGCUCUCCCUGCCCCGGCUGGCUCAGCAGCCCUGCACAAGGGUCCUUCUUGUCUACACUCCCUGCUCCCAGGCAGGGGGUCAGGAAGAGCUGGAGACCAGACUGGAAGCCGCUGAGGAGGGGAGGGAGGAAGAGGGGGAAGGCAGAACCCUGGCAGAGCCCCUCUGUACAUUUGUAUAUAGUUAGGGACUGGGUGGGGGUGGGACACAGACAUAGAAGGGUGGGGCUGCAGGGGAGGGUGACACAGGAUAGUCAGGGUCCCAGCCCUAAUGGCAGAAGCAAAUCCUUGGGCCCCAGGCAUGCUGGGCUGGCUCUACUUCCCUUUCCAGGCCCAGCUCCCUCUUGGCAGGGGGAGUGGGUAGCCCAGCAGGCCUGGCCCAGCUCCCAGUUCCCCCUGUACCAGCCCCACCACAAGUUCCCUUCAUGGGGAGUGGGUGGAAAGACCUUUCAGACCUUGGCUGAGCCUAGGGGGAGGGGGAGCAGCCUUCUCAGGCCUUGCCCCCUAGAGACUGGUUUUAUAAAGUGCUGGAGAAAUUGGGAAUAAAGAGGCACAAAGAA